GUUGACCUCUGUAUAAAUAGUUCAAUUCCACUGAGCCAUGCGACACAUAGAUUUUCCAUGCUUUUGAGGCCAAAUAGUAACAUGUGUUCCACCCAAAAAACAACACACAACUUCAGUUGAAUUUUGAAGUCUUUUUAGUCAAUGGUAGAAUAUAUAUAUCUCUCAUCUUUUUCUUCUUUAGUUUUAAGGGAGAAUCCGCUAUAUCUAUAAUAUUGUUUAUAUAUUUAUUACAUAUAUGAGAUUUUCAAAAGGGUCUUUUACUACAAGAAGGGAAAGUGGUUGGUUGCGUUUAUAGGUAUUAGAAUACUUUCAACAUAUCUUACAAAUUCUAUUUGUCUCUCUAUAUAUCCUAGAAGUUUGAGAGAGAGGCUCUCGUUCUCUUAAUCUAGACUGUUUGUAGCUUGUCUAGAGAGAUUUUCAUCCUCAUCAGAUUUCUCCUAUAAAAAGAACCAACAACCUUUUCAUUUGAUUUUCUACCACUAUUGAUCAGAGAGAGAGAGCGAGAUUUCAUGAAAGUAUGCUCAACCAGGGCCUGUUUGAGGAUCAAGAGGUUUCUACACAAAUGGGUUUCUUUUCUUUCCCUUCCAACUUGACCUUACCUUCUUUAGGAUGCCACCAAUCUCUCAAAGCCUUCACUACCAUACCUCCUUCACUAGCUUCUGAUGCACCUUCAAGUAAUCUCACUGAAACCCUACUCUCAUCUGCCACUACAAAGCAAAGAGAAGACACCACUUCUGACUUUAGAGGAUCCCAGCUCCUUUCUUUGCAUAGAUCAGCCGCUAAUCUAUGGGCAUGGGGAGACGUUGGUGAAUGCUUGAGCAACAAGCGAGGUGGUGGAGAUCUAGAAGAUCAUCAUCUAGGGGUUUCUACACUGAAAAUGAAGAAGAUAAAGGCAAGGAGGAAGGUGAGGGAGCCUCGGUUUUGCUUCAAGACCAUGAGCGAUGUAGAUGUUUUAGAUGAUGGUUACAAGUGGAGGAAAUAUGGACAGAAAGUGGUAAAGAACACCCAGCAUCCCAGGAGCUACUACCGAUGCACACAAGAUAAUUGUCGCGUAAAAAAACGAGUGGAGCGAUUGGCGGAGGAUCCAAGGAUGGUGAUUACAACGUACGAAGGGAGACACAUACAUUCCCCCUCACACGACAUGGAGGACUCCCAGGCUCCAUCCCACCUAAACAACUUCUUCUGGUAAUAAUAUAUAUGCUGCUCCUGCUCCUGUUCCUGCUCCUGCUCCUGCUCCUGCUCCUGCUCCUUCUCCUUAUUAAUGUGCAUCAGUUUUGCUGUGCCUUUGUUUGUAUUUGGGGACACCCAAAAUAAACCAUUAUUUUGUGUAACAUGCCCAUCUUUCUCGGGCCCCACCUCCCCCUCCCCCUCCCCUACUCUAAUGCAUUAUAAAUAAAAACUUUCG